UGAACAAGCUGGACGUUAUUAUUCAGAUGUAUUUUUACAGUUUAAUGGCACGGCAGGAAUUUGGCGAAAAGAGGCGAUUUUAAAUGCUGGUGGUUGGAAAGACGAUACAAUAACAGAAGACCUUGAUUUGAGUUAUCGUGCACAAUUACACGGUUAUAAAGUUGUUUUUCUCGAAGAUGUCGACACUCCAGCUGAAUUACCAAUAUCUAUAAAUGAUUUUAAAUCACAGCAAUAUCGUUGGUCAAAAGGUGCCGCUCAAACGGCUCGUAAAUUAAUUGGUGAAGUUUUACGUGCAAAACAAUUAUCAUUAUUUGUUCGUUAUCAUGCUGCAUUUCAUCUAUUUUCCAGUCUACUAUUUUUAACUUGUUUAUUACAAACACUUCUACUUGUUGCGAUCGAAAGUCUUUGUGUUGAACCAACAAUAUUAAUUUUAACAAAUAUUAUUAAUGCCAUUUUAAUGUUCAUAACAUCAUAUAUUGGUAAUAGUGAAGCAAAACGUUUAACAUUAAAUGACAAUAGUCACCGUCAAUUAGACAAAAAAAAUAAUAAUAAUGAGCAUUUUCUUUUGAAAUUAGUUAAAUUUUUAUUUCAUUUCUUACUAUUUAUAUCAUUAAUUCAAGCUAUUUGCCUUCACAAUACAAUUGCUGUUAUCGAUGGUUUAAUAAGGAAAAAAGGUGAAUUUAAACGUACACCAAAAUAUAGUGUAGAAACAACGAAGUAUCAGUCAAAAAAGUCAAUUAAUGACAAAAAAAUACAUUAUCAAAGAAAAUCAAUUGAUUGGUUUGCAUUAGCUGAUAUUACUCUAGCAAUUGUAUUCAUUUUAAAAACGUUGCAUUGUAUUUUUUUUGUUGGUAUUUGGGUAAAAUUUGGUACCAUCGUUUUAUAUUCAUCAUUGGCUGUUGGCUAUUGCGUUGUUAGCGUUGCCUCAUUACUAGAAGUAUACACAUCAAAAUAG